UUGGGAACCUUCGCCGGUCAAUGCGAGCAGUGCGUUCUUCCGCGAAUUGGCCUCGUGCAUCGAGGUUGAACAGUAUUAUAGCUAUAUAAAACUAAGUACGGGCCAAUUGCUCCGCAUCUUUCUUUUAGUACCAAAGCCGAUUGACUGUGUGGUUCUAAGUGUUGGGUUCCAGUGCACCCCUUGACCUAGUGGAUUAAUUACUUCUUGGAUAACAACAAUGAGAUUUACCGCAGUACUCGCCUUCUUAGCUUAUUUGGCCGCUUUAACGGCAGCACAAUACAACUUUGGAGUCUUUGGUGACCCCUUCAGAGGUUUCGGAGGUGGACUGGGUGCCAUACAAGCCACGAGAGAUCCUAGACAAAACACAGGGCCAGUGGUGUUCCCUCCAGCCCCACCAGACAGUGGAGAAACUAGCGGUGUAGUAGUAGGUGCUUCAGGGUAUGGAUUUGUACCACCACAAAGACCUCGACACGGAUAGAUUUAUUUUGUUAAAUGAAGCCAGCAGAUGGUCACCCUAUCACUCAUUCUUCUCCUACUUCUAAUAAUGCCAACAUGGAUCAUUUGCGGCAACAACAUGGGCUCAAGUGUUUUCUCGAUAUACUAUUGGUCUGGUUUUUUCUAAUUUUUAUACGGAAAAAAUCAAACCAAAGUAAAGUAAGGUGCAACAAGUCAAAUUUUUGUUAGGUUAUUACUUGAGUGUAAAUUUUGUAAAUAGAGACUUAAGUACUUCAUUUAUGUUAAAAUUAGUAAACCAUGCACUACUAAUUUUAAUGUAAGCACUGCCAAGAAAUACCUCAUUUGCUAUUUAUUUAUUGCAACAUCUUAAAUAUAUUUUAAGUAAUAGGAUCUAGAUACCUAUCUAUCUUUUAGAAAAACAUUUCUAUAAUAUGUGCUGUCAGUAAUAUUUGGGAUCAAUUUUAUGCAAUAAAAUAUAUACGUGGGUGGUCCGAUAAGUAGUAGAAAUGUAUACAGGGUGUAACAAAAAUACAGGUCAUAAAUUAAAUCACAUAUUCUGGGACCAAACCUUAGUACAAAUAUGCACAUAAAAAAAGUUACAGCCCUGUGAAGUUACAAAAUAAAAAUCGAUUUUUUCCAAUAUAUCGAAAACUAUUAGAGAUUUUUUAUUGAAAAUGGACAUGUGGCAUUCUUAUGGCAGAAAUAUUUCAAAGAAAAAUUAUAGUGAAAUUUGUGCACCCCAUAAAAAUUUUGUGGCGGUUUUGUUCCCUUAACCCCCCACCCCCAAUAUAUUUCAAUUAAAUUAUUUUUCUGGUACCAUUAGUUAAAUUCAAUAUUGUUAAAACUUUUUUGGCUCUUAGUAUUUUUUUGAUAAGGCAGUUUUUAUCGAGUUGCGGCUUCUUUUUUAAUGUGUUUACAUGCAGAUUUUAUCGGGGUUUUGUUCCUUUAAACCCCCCAAAUGGUUGUGUACGUUCCAAUUAAACUAUUACUGCGAUACCAUUAGUUAAACACGGUGUUUUUAAAACUUCUUUGCUUCUUUGUAUUUUUUCGAGAAGGCACCUUUUAUGGAGCUUUCGAGCUGUGGCUUCUUUUUAUGGUUCAAAAUACAGAUACCUAAAAAUGUAAAUCAUAAAUAAAUUUUCCUAUUAUUACCAUUAUUACGAUUAUUAUCCAUAAUCGCACCAUAUACCAUUAACCAUAUACAAAUAUGUGGUGGAUUUGACAAAUAUUCAAAAUAUCUUGAUAAAAACUGACUUUUCGAAAAAGUACUAAGAGGCAAAAAAGUUUUUAAAACAUUGUGUUUAUCUAAUGGUUCUAAAAUAAUAAUUAAAUUGGAACGUACACAAAAGUUUGGGGGUGUUUAAAAGAACAAAACCCCCAUAAAUUUUUUAUGGGGUGUCUAAAAUUCACUAAUUUUUUUUCUUCAGAUACUGCUGCCAUAGGAAUGCCACAUGUCCAUUUUCAAUAAAAAAUCUCUAAUAGCUUUCGAUAUAUUGGAAAAAAUCGAUUUUCAUUUUGUAACUUCAAAAGGCUGCAACUUUUUUUUGUGCACAUUUGUACUAAAGUAAGUUAGGUUCAAUCGAACUAUUUUUGGUCCCAGAAUAUGUGACUAAAUUUAUGACCUGUAUUUUCGUUACACCCUGUAUUAUAGAAAAGUCAAUAAUUGAUAAUAAUUAAGAGGCGACAGUAGCGAUCAACAAGUAGCAACAAACGCGGUCCAAGAUUACGGCUGUAAUUUUGAAUAUUUUAUCGAGAUAUUUGGCACACAUAUAAUAAUAAUAAUGGUAAUAAUGGUCUGCGUAACUUGGAACCAUAUGGGAAACUUUUUUAAUAUCAAUUUUACGAAAAAAAGUCAUUCUUUGUAAAGUGCUCUGCAUAGGCUAAAUCCUAAGAUGCAAUCAUCAGAUAUCAAAUUUUGUCAACAGUAUACGAGGUAUGUCAAAAAAUAUGAAUUUCGCUCAAGAGCAAACUACCUUUAUAUUUCAAAAUAUCAAAAAAUUUUAUUAUGAAAAGUUAUUUGUAAUUAAAACUCAUAUUUAAAUGUGCAAAAAAUUCUGAAAUUUUCCUAAAUUACCGAUUCCGAACAUAAUUUUUAUUUAUUAGACAUGUAAUAACUCCUUUAUUAAUAAUUUUAGGAAAAAAAGUUAUUCUUCAUAAAAAUCUGUGCAUGGUCUAAACCUCAAGAUGCAACCAUCAGUUAUCCAACUUUGUUAAUUUUAUACGAGGUGUGUCAAAUAAUAUGAAUUCUAGAAUUCUUUCUAAAUUCAUAUUAUUCGACACACCUCGUAUAAAAGAUAACAAACUUGGAUAACUGAUGGUUGCAUCCUGAGGUUUAGACCGUCCACAGAUUUUUAUGAAGAAUAACUUUUUUUCCUAAAAUUAUUAAUAAAAGAGUUAUUACAUGUUUAAUAAAUAAAAAUGAUGUUCGAAAUCGGUAAUUUGGCAAAAUUUCAGAAUUUUUUUUUUCAAGUAGAAGACUGUUGUUGCAUAUUUGAAUAUGGUUUUUAAUUACAAAUAACUUUUCAUAAUAAAAUUUUUUGAUAUUUUGAAAUAUUAAAGUUGAGCGAAAUUCAUAUUUUUUGACAUACCUCCUAUACUGUUGACAAAAUUUGAUAUCUGAUGAUUGCAUCGUAGGUUUUAGACUAUGCAGAGCACUUUAUAAAGAAUGACUUUUUUUCGUAAAAUUGAUAUUAAAAAAGUUUCCCAUAUGGUUCCCAGUUACGCAGAAACCAUGUAUAAUGAAAAAUGUCGGUACAGAGCCCAAUUUGAGAAAUAUGUUAGUAUGUUAAAAUUACUCUAUAAAUAAAUAAAAUAUUGCAAAAAGGAGCCUGUACUGCCAUUAAGAAGAAUACAAAAAUAAACUUUCUUCAAAUAAACUUUUUUAUCCCAUGCCUGCAUUUUGUGUCAUAUUGGACCUAGUAAAUUUUUUUAUCUCUAACAAGAAAUCGGACAUACAAUACAUAUACAUACAUAAUCGGUUGCCUCUUUUACCAUUAGGUGUCGAGAUAUUAUAACGAAAUCGGACAUAUUAUAACUAAAUAAUUGAUUAGUCAACAUAGAGAAACUGUCACUGUAAUUUUGACAAACCUGCGUCAGAUUUCUAAUCUGUUAUCUGCAAAGGGAUUACGAAUACUCGAUACGAAUCGUAUCUGCCAUGUUUUACCGUAGCGCCGUAGAGUGUUCGUAAUCCCUAUACAGAUAACAGAACAGAAAUCUGACGCAGGUUUGUCAAAAUGACAGUGACACUUUCUCUAUGUUGACUAAUCAGUUAUUUAGUUAUAAUAUGUUCGAUUUCUUGUUAGAGAUAAAAAAUUUUAUUAGAUCCAAUAUGACACAAAAUCUAGGCAUGGAAUAAAAAAGGUUAUUUGAAGAAAGUUUAUUUUUUGUUCUUCUUAAUGGCGGUACAGGCUUCUUUUUGCAAUAUUUUAUUUAGCUAUAGAUUAAUUUCCACAUACUAACAUAUUUCUCAAAUUGGGCUCUGUACCGUCAUUCUUUAUUAUAUUACGGAUAUGUGUGCCAAAUAUCUCGAUAAAAUAUUCAAAAUUACAGCCGCAAUCUUGGACCGCGUUUGUUGCUACCUGUUCAUCGCUACUGUUGCCUCUUAAAUAUCUAUGAUAUUUUUUGAAAGCUAUGAAUUGUAAUUGACUGAGAUCGCCCACGCCAGGUUUUAAGUAUAUUAUCUACAUUUAAUUAAUUGUAAAGAUUCCGAAAAUUCAAUUUCAACCUCAUUAUCUAAAUCUCUAUUUAUUGUUGGACGUUGUGUUUAAUAAAACUUUUGAUCUGAAUGUAUAGAGGAACAAUAUAAAUACAUUUCACCCAUUUUUAUCGAAGAUGCCACUCAUUUCCAAGGGAAUAGUAGUACCUACCUAUACUAAAUUUACAAUCAAGAUGCAGUAGAAAUAAACAAACCAAGACACGUUAAAUGCUACUAGGAGCACUCCGGAAUCAUAAUUUACAAUGUAUUGUAAAUCCCAAAUCAUGAUUUCCAAAGUUUAUCCAUUGUAAAUUAUGAUUCAGGAGUGUUCUUAGUAGCGUUUAACGUGUCUUGGUUUGUUUAUUUCUACUGCAUAUUGAUUGUAAAUUUAGUAUACACUAGAAUAUACUAAAAUCACAAUUAAUUUGCCCUAGAAAUAAACAAACCAAGACUCGCUGAAUGCUACGAGGAACACUCCCAAAUCAUAAUUUGCAAUGUAUAUACAUUGUAAAUCCCAAAUCAUGAUUUACAAAGUUUAUAGAUUGUAAAUCUUGACUCGGGAGUGCUCCUCGUAAUUCGUAACAUUCAGCCCGUCUGGGUUUAUUUAUCUCUAGUGCAUCAUAAUAUUGUGAUUUUAGUAUAGUCAUAUCAUAUGCACAUAAUUUAAAAACAAAGUUCAUAAUUAUUUAGUUUUCAUCUGUACUUUAACAUCAUUCCCAAUAUAUUUAUAAUUUUUUCAUAUAAUCACACGUUACUUUUAUGAUAAUUCUAAGGUGUUAGUUAUUAAGAGUAUAAGUCACAAAUUGUUACUUUUCAGGGGGUCGCACAAGUUUUUGAUUUACCAUAUUUCACCUUUUUCGUAAACUUUCUGUUAUGAUCAAUAUGGUAUAAUGUUAAAACAUGCAAUUCAAUAGUAUCUAUCAAAUAAAGAAAAAUAAAGAUGUGGUUUAAUUAUUAAAAUAUUUGACUUAUACUGAUAAGAUCUAACCUUCUCAAAACGUAUAAUGUUGUUUACUACAAAUGCGCGACGGUAACGACCAAUCACGGCAAACGUAGAAUGCCAUUAACUGUCAUUCAUCUGCGCAAAGGACUAUGCGCCGUCACCAAAAUGGAACAUAGAGAAUAAUGGAUUUUUCGCGGAGUGACCCUACUGAUUCUUAUUAUACUGUAGUAAAUCUAGCAAAGAACAUAAUGUACAUUAUGUUAAUUAUACGAAUACAACUUGAUACUUAUUUGAAAGUAGAUUUUAGGUUAGGUUUUAACUUAUAACAUAUUUAUAACUAGGGUUACCAUAAUUUAUUAAGGCCAAAUCCCGAAAGGGGUAGUCCAAGGGGUUGUAGAAAAUGUAAAAUGUGAAUUUGACCGGGUGCGGAUACAGAGGGGGGUCAACGGGUCCAUGGACCGCCCUGUUGUAUUUAGUCUAUAAGGAUUUUUUUUAUUAUUUAUUAUUUUUUUCUGUCAUCCAGAGCUCAAUUCCUUUGAUACCAUAUGUAUCUGAAAUGACUGAAUUUUAUCCUUAGGGCCGGUUGUUCGAACGCUUAUCAAAAAUGAUCAAUAUCAAAUAUUUAAUUACUGUCACCAACUGUCAAUGUCAACUUUGUUUGGGUUGCUGAAAACAUAAUUAUGGAUUACAAUUAUGAAAUUAGUUAAUCAAUUAUGUUAAUAAUUGUUAUGUUAAUUGAUUAACUAAUCUCAUACUUAUAAUCAAUUAUGUUUUCAGCAACCCAAUCAAAGUUGACAUUGACAGUUGGUGACAGUAAUUAAAUAUUUGAUAGUGAUCAUUGUUGAUUAGCGUUCGAACAACCGGUCCUUAGAGUAAGUGCGAGUCGUAUGGCUAAAUCUGGACAAUAAAAUAUUUGCGGUACGUCUGACCCCCCUAUUAUGAAUUUGCACUGACUGUGUUGCUACCUAUACAUUUUACAUAUAUGCGAAAUGCAUAUGGCACAAUUAAAAGUACAGCUGUUUCGCUACAAUAUGCAACAAACAUCGAAAAUAUCUGCCAGUUUAAAAUACAUAUACACAUAUGCUUUAACAUGACAAGCAGAGCGACAAACUUAAGAGGAAACAGUAGCGAUCAAUAGGUAGCGAAAACGCGUUCCAAGAUUGCGGCUGUAAUUUUGAAUAUUUUUUCGAGAUAAUUGGCACACGUAUUCGUAAUAUAAUAAAGAAUGGCGGUACAGAGCCCAAUUUGAAAAAUAUAUUAAUGUGUGGAAAACAAGCCUGUACCGCCAUUAAGAAGAACAAAAAAAUGCACUUUCUUCAAAUAAACUUUUUUAUCCGAUGCCUAGAUUUUGUGUCAUUUUGGAACUACUAAAAUUUUUUAUUUCAUUAGUAGUUCCAAAAUGACACAAAAUCUAGGCAUCGGAUAAAAAAGUUUAUUUGAAGAAAGUGUAUUUUUUUGUUCUUCUUAACGGCAGUACAGGCUCGUUUUUUUAAUAUUGUAUUUAAUUACAGAGUAAUUUCCACAUAUUAAUAUAUUUUUCAAAUUGGGCUCUGUACCGCCAUUCUUUAUUAUAUUACGAAUAUUUGUGCCAAAUAUCUCGAAAAAAUAUUCAAAAUUACAGCCGCAAUUUUGGAACGCGUUUUUGCUACCUGUUGAUCGCUACUGUAUCACCUUAACUAGGUGCUGCGCAGAAGGAAAUUUUCCACCGUUGGGCCAAGAGUUUUCCACUUUUUUUAGUAAAGAAAAAAUCCGGACAUUUCUCAUAUCCGGACGCCAAUCCGGACAUGUCUUUUAAAUCCGGACUGUCCGGACGAAAUCCGGACGUAUGGUAACCCUACUUAUAACCCAUAUUCAAAUCGGUGUAGCCAACAGUAUAAGUAUAAGUCAAGCGGAAACUUGACAAACUAACAAAACCUAGUAGGUACUUAGUAUAAGUUCUAACGAAAUGAAAAAAUAAUGUAUAAUUUUUUAUUGGCUCAUACUUUUAUUGACUUAGAAAUCUCUCAGUAACUAAUACCAUAGAAAUGUUAAUUUAUGUUGAUUUACUGUAAGGCAGUGCAGUGAAGUAUAAUAUUUAAAAAUAGUCUAUAGUAUAAAAUAGUCAAUAUUUAUUGCAUUUGUCAACCUAUGCAUUUUUAUUUAUUAAAUUUUGUUAUAAAAA